AUGCUCUCCUCAAAAUUCACAUCGAUAGUCCUGCCACGUGCCCAGUAUACCCAGAUGAUGCGAGGGGCACCGCGUCGGUUUGAGAAAGCGGACGGAUCUCGUGGUAGUAAGGUUGCAGAAAUUCAAAAGCGGCUCGCCGAAUUUGAAAGAAAUGCACGCGCCAGUACAUCUCAAGUCUCGAAUGAAUAUGCCGUCGAAUCUAUGAUGGCUGAAAAACAAAUACAGACCGAUGAAUCGUUUGAGCGGGUCGUCGAGCGGCGUAAGAUUGAGCAUGAAAACAACCGAAAAAUCCGAGCGGAUGUUGCGUCAAGUCAACAUCAAGUCUCCUUUCCCUAUGCCCAAAAUACGGAGAUUAAAUACGAGAAUCGCAUGGGUAAGAACGACGUCGCAAAUGCGUCCUCAUCGGCCGACCGUGGCUUUUACAUCAACGGCGACCUCUACUUUGACGAAUACCAGGCGGGCACUUCGCUUGAUUUGCCGGAAGACAGGAUGACGAGAGCUUUUGACGUCUAUGGUGCGGAAGAUGCGGUUGAAAAUAUUGAAUUCCAGUUGCCAGGCCAACUCGCGGGAAAGGAGGAAGAAGGUGGGCUGGAAGAGACUUCUUUGGACUCAACGGAGCAAUUCGGAACCGUCGACCCUGACCAGCCGGUCAGCAAGCAUAAUUGUGGCGGAUGCGGGGCGAAUUUUCACUGCAAGGAUUCAUCAUUGCCCGGCUUUGUCCCCUUGGAAGUCCUCGAAAAAGUUGAUAGAAACAAGAAAGCGGCCGAAUCGCAACUAUGCAAACGCUGCCAUCUUCUGAAACACCAUAAUUUUCUGCUCAAUGUCAAUGUAUGCCCGGUGGAUUACAAGUCGAUGAUGUCACACUUGAAAAUGAAGGAAGAGGCUUUGAUCCUAUUGAUCGUUGAUGUGACAGAUAUUCCUGGUAGCAUCCAUCGACAACUUCCAAACAUUAUUGGGUCCAAGAAGCCGAUGAUUGUCGUCGCAAAUAAGGUUGAUCUCUUGCCACCGGAUGCUCGUGGUGGCUACCUGAAGCGCUUCAAAAUGGUCGUGGAAGAAGCAAUCAGAGACGCCGGAUUUGCCGAUCAGUUCAACAUCCUUCAUACAGCCCUCGUCAGCGCAAAGACUGGUUACGGUGUGGAAGAUUUGAUUACGGAGAUCCACAUGAAAUGGACGAACGCCCGGAUGAGCAUGAGAGCCGAUCUCUACCUGGUUGGCUGCACAAAUGCCGGGAAAUCGACGUUGUUCAACGCCUUCCUGCAGUCCGACCUGUGCAAGGUGCGAGCCGUCGAUUUGAUCGAAAGAGCCACCACCUCGCUGUGGCCUGGGACUACGAUUUCCCUGCUGAAAUUCCCGGUGAUGAAGCUGACACCACAUCGCUUGGAAUUGAGAAGGAGGAGGCUGUUGUCGAAUAGUGCUUGGCAACAACGCGAGAAUUACACAAAAAAGCUGGCUCUGCAGCAAACUGGCAAUGAUAAAUACGCGGUGCUGACGGGCACGAUACAGAACACCUAUAAGGAGCAAGAGGAUGAGGCUCAACCGGUGAGGCUACGCGAAAUUUUCGGAGAGGAUACCCCGGAAAAAGAGCACGAAAAGCGCUGGUCACUGGACGAUCCGAUAUUCACGAAGGGAAAUUGGUGCUACGAUACGCCGGGCACGGUGAAUGUUGAUCAGCUACUGAACAUAUUCACACUUUCCGAGCUGGUGACGGUGCUGCCGCGGAAGCUGAUCAGACCCAGGACCGCGAUUUUAUCCCCUGGGCGAUCCUUGAUUAUCGGUGGGGUUGGAGUGGUGGACAUUGUGGGAACGGACAACAACGAACAGUUGCUGUUGACCGUGUUCGCCAGCGAUGCAUUGCCACUGAACGUCAUCCACACCACUGAAGUAUCCAGUUUUCUGGAACGACAAUUGGCCCAAGGGACUCUGGUGGUGCCCCACCCCGACCCAAAACGCCUGGAAAAAUGGCCAAAGAUGAGGGGUGAAACGUUCGAGCUAGAUGGAAAGGCAGAAGGCGCGACGGCGGAUUUGGUGCUCUCAAGCAUUGGCUGGGUGACCGUCACCUCUCCGAAUGCCUCGAUCAUUCAUUGCCGAGUGCCGACGGGCAAGGGCAUCGCCGUCCGCCAGCCCAUGCUCCCCUACUCGGCCUCAUUGCGCGGAAGACGUCUCCCUGGCACUGCAUUCUAUGCGGUGAAACCUGUGUCCUUCCCGGUCAACUUCCGCCGCUUGAGCGCGACGAAGAAUAGAUCCAGACACAACAGCGGCAGUCGAAGAGAUGAUCCGACAGAUAGAUUU